CUUAGCUGACAUGGGACACAUUGAAAGCAAAAAAUAUUUCUCAUCUUGUAUUAAAAUCAACACCAGAAGGCAAGUGCAAGAAUAGUCAUAGCAGCAUGUUCAUAAAAAAACAAAAAACAACUCGACAUAACUCGGAAGUCUGUCAACAGUGUAUUGAAUGAAUAAACUGUGGCACAGUCUUACAAUGAAGUGCUGUACAACAGUAAAAACAAAUGAACUAUAGCUAUAUGCAUCAGCAUCAAUGAAUCUCAGAUAUGAUAUGAAGCAAAGAGGCCACAGAAGAAUUUGGAAAAACUUUGAGAAAGUUGAAAAAGCUGGACCAACUGACCAAUAUUUCAUUUAUUUAAAGACAUCUACAAAGUCUAUACAACCAUAAAAGCAAGGGGAGGAUUAUUGCAGGAUCAGGAGAGCAGAUACCUCUAGGAAAAGACACUCCAGGGAGAGGCAUAUAUGGGUCUUCCAGGGUGCUGGCCCUGUUUUCUAGCUGUGCCUUGUGUGGUGGUUCUGGGGAGCAUGUUUUUUUGUCACCCUUUUUAUGUCUGCUAUGGUAAUCAGCUUAAAAAUGAGAUGGAAGAACACAACAGCCCUCCACGGAACCCUCUAAGACAUCCUAGGAAGAGGAGUCUAGAAAGCAACCUACCUAUAAACUACGAAGACUGGAUCAGGAAGACAGAAAAUGUGAACAGACCAAUGAGUGAGGCAAUUAAAACAGUAAUAAAAAAAAUCUCCCACCAAAGAAAAGCCCAGUAGCAGAUGAUUUCACCAGUGAAUUCUAGCAAACAUUAAAGUAUAACACGAUCCUUCUCAAACUCUUCCAAAAAACUUAGGAGAGAGAAUACUCUCAAUUUUAGGAGGCCAGGAGUACCCUGAUAUUGAAGCCAGGUAAGGAUACAAGGAAAGAACCCCAAAACUAUAGGCCAUGAUCCCUGAUGAAUAUAUGCAAAAACUUUCAAUAAAAUGCUAGCAAACUGAAUUCAACAGCACGUUAAAAGAAUCACAUACCAUGAUCAAGUAUAAUUUAUCCUUGGAAAGCAAUGCAAAUUAAUGUGAUACACCACAUUAAUAAAAGAUGUUCAUCUCAACAGAUGCAGAAAAAACAUUGGACAAAAUUCAACAUCCUUUCAACAAAUUCAACAUCUCAACAAAUUGGGUAUAGAAAUAGUGUAUCUCCCCAUAAUAAAGGGCAUCUAUGACAAACCCACAGCUAACAUCAUACUCAAUGGUGAGAGGUUCAAAGCUUUCCAAGACCACGAAUAAGACAAGGGUGUCUGCUCUUGCCACUCCUAUUCAACAUUGCACUGGAAGUCCUAGCCAGAGCAAUUAGGCAAGAAAAAGAAAUAAAAGGCAACCAAAUCAUAAGGGAAGUAAAAUUGUCUGUUUACAGAUGAUACUGGUAUGGACAGUAAAAAAAGAAACAAUCCUAUGAAGUUACAUAGGCAUACAGCUGUCUUUUGUGAGAAUCUUCUAAUGGAUGACAACUACUUCUUGGGCUAAAAAACCUGGAGUUGACUUUCAUAUUCACCUUUUAUAACUACAUAGGACUUUACUAGUUUAGGUACUUAUUCCUUUAAUUUCUACUUUCUUCGUUUAUCCUGAUUUCACUUAUAUUUUACUGAUAGAAAUUGCUUCAAAUCCUUUGCCGAUCAGAAUAGGGUAUAUACAUUUCCAAACAGAUUUACAAGUGGCUCAAGCUUCUUAUGAUCUGCCUCCAAUCUUUUUUCUCAGCCUUGUACCUAUGCUAGUCCUGAUAUAUGUAUGUUAAUAGUCAUAUUUUGUCUAAAUUUAUAUAUAUUUCUGCUUUGAUGCAACUGGGUACAUGGGAUGAAAGGUAAACAGAUUUGGUUUGCACCUUGGACUUGCUUACAGGCUAUGUACCCUUAAUCAGACUAUUUAGUCCCUCUGAACCUCAGCACCAUCAUCUGUAAAAUGGUACUUGCAGGAUUAUGUAAAACACUAAAAUGUUAGCAGUUAAAAACAGCAGAUGUUAAUUACCAGUUGCCAUUCCUUGGUUAGCUGUUGACGGUUAAAUAACCUCUUUUCAAAUAGGAUUAUCUGCCUAGUUUUUUCAGGAUUUGGAUGAAUGUAUGGAAACAAAAGAACAUAUAUAAAGCGCCUAACAAAAUACUCUAGGUUUUUCCCCUUUACCGUUACCUCUACCUGGGAAGCCCUAGUUCUUACCAUCUGUUAGAAUACAAGCAUCUACUAAGUUUCAGUUGAGUGUCUUUCCUAUUUAUUUUUCCAACUGUAAUUUAUAUGGUCCUCAAAUUUCUCCAUCCGCUUUUAAAAUCUCUAUUUAUAAUAUAUUGACUGCUUUUGUCUUUCUUGUCCUAUAGCACCAAGUUGUUUUGGUGGGGAAGACAUUGUUUUCCCUUUGUAUUCCCUCCUAAUACCUUGGAUGCAAUUGGUAACCAUUAUUUAGUACUUUGAAUUAAUUUUCCUGAGGAUACUAAGACUGUUAGACUCCUUCCUUGAUUGAUAAUGUUGCCUCACCCAACUCUGUCCUCCUGUUACUGUGUCACAAUUUUGUGGAAGUUAUUAUGAGCAAACAACAGAAAUAAAAGAUGAAUACAAUAUAAAACUACAUUUUAAUGUAUUACAUCAGAUGGCAGGUCUUCCUCAUCCAAGUCCCUGAUCUGUUAGUGUCUGCCCCUCGAGAGUGUGCCAUGGGGAUGCUCUCAGGGGGAUCCUGGAGGGUCACGUUCCCCGUGUUUCCUGCAAUUAAACGAACACAGUAAACAUAGAUGAGCACAUCUGAAGCACCUAGCAUAUCGGGGACCCUUGCUCUCCCCUCCUCUUCCACCAGCAAAGCUUUUUCACCACCUGUACCAGUUUAAAGGGCACCUUUCUUCUUUUCCUCAUGGCUGUCCCAGGCGGUGGCUUUGGCUGGACACACACUGGGACAGCUGCCCUACUGAGGCCAUGACGACCGAGGGGUGAUGAUCUAGGAGGAUGAUAGCCUGCCCUUCCUGCUCAGGCCAUGAGGACCGAGGAGUGACCCAGGGGGACCCCGGCCCGCCCCGCUCAGCCCAUCAGGACCGAGGGGGACCCAGGUGACUCCAGCCCGCCCCGCUCAGCCCAUCAGGACCGAGGGGUGACCCAGGGAGACCCUAGCCCGCCCCGCUCAGCCCAUCAGGACUGAGGGGGGCCCAGGGAGACCCUAGCCCACCCCGCUCAGCCCAUCAGGACUGAGGGGGGCCCAGGGAGACCCUAGCCCACCCCGCUCAGCCCAUCAGGACCGAGGGGGGCCCCGGUGACCCCGGCCCGCCCCGCUCAGCCCAUCAGGACCGAGGGGGGCCCAGGUGACCACCACCCGCUCGCGCUCCGCACCAGGCCCGACCGGCGGAACGCGCAUGCGCACGGCGCCGCUCCCCGCCCCCACCGCGCGCCCGCGCCCAACGCCCCUAACGCGGCCCGCCGGGCCAUGGAACCCGCCGAAGUUGGCGCGGGUCGAGCCCUCGCGUUCGCUCGCUCGGGCGCCUUCCCCCCGUGAGGCCCGCGGGCGCUCAGACCCGGCUCGGCGGCCGCCCGCGCGCCCCGGGGCCGCUCCGCCCGCCUCCGCCGCUCGGCCGGGCGCGCGCCUCGCCCCCGAGGCCGGUCCCCGCGCGUGCGCGCUCCGCCGGGCGUAUGUGUGUGAGUGUGUGUGCGGCCGAGGGGUGGGCCGCCGCCGCCGCCGCCGCCGCCGACGAUGCCGCGGGGCCGCCCCCCGAAGCCCAAGGAGAGCAAGGCGCGCGGCGACACCGAAUCUCAUCUGCUCUGAGUGUGGGGAUGAGUUCACUCUGCAGAGCCAGUUGGCCAUACACAUGGAAGAACACCGCCAGGAGCUGGCCGGGAACCGGGUUCACACCUGCAAGGCCUGUAGGAAGGAGUUUGAGACAUCCUCACAGCUGAAGGAGCACAUGAAGACUCAUUACAAAAUUAGGGUAUCAAGUACAAGGUCUUAUAAUCGGAACAUCGACAGGAGUGGAUUCACAUAUUCAUGCCCACACUGUGGAAAGACAUUUCAGAAGCCAAGUCAGCUAACUCGGCACAUUAGGAUACACACAGGUGAAAGGCCGUUUAAAUGUACUGAAUGUGGGAAAGCUUUUAACCAGAAGGGGGCACUGCAAACUCACAUGAUUAAACAUACAGGUGAAAAACCCCACGCCUGUGCCUUUUGUCCUGCUGCCUUUUCACAAAAAGGGAACCUGCAGUCACAUGUGCAGAGAGUUCACUCAGAGGUCAAGAAUGGCCCUACGUAUAAUUGUACAGAAUGCAGUUGUGUAUUUAAAAGUCUAGGUAGCCUGAACACUCACAUCAGCAAGAUGCACAUGGGCGGACCACAGAAUCCAGCAAGCUCUACAGAGACUGCUCACGUGUUAACGGCCACACUGUUCCAGACGUUACCUCUCCAGCAGACGGAAGUCCACGUCACGUCCGCAUCAAGCCAGCAGAAUUCACAGGCCGUGACCGACGUCAUCCAGCAGCUCCUGGAGCUCUCGGAGCCAGGGCCGGCCGAGUCCAGCCAGCCCCCGCAGCCCGGCCAGCAGCUCAGCAUCACGGUGGGCAUCAACCAGGACAUUUUGCAGCAAGCCUUAGAAAACAGUGGGCUGUCUUCAAUUCCAGCUGCAGCACACGCUCACGACACCAGCCACGCCAGGACGUCCUCUGCGCAGAGCCAAAAUCCAGAUGCUCCUCACACUGCGAGUGAACAGACCCACCCCACAGAUGCAGAGCAGGAAAAAGAACAAGAAAGCCCAGAGAAGUUGGAUAAAAAAGAAAAAAAAAUUAUAAAGAAGAAGUCACCAUUUCUGCCUGGUUCAAUCCGUGAGGAGAACGGUGUUCGAUGGCAUGUAUGUCCUUACUGCACCAAGGAGUUCCGGAAGCCGAGUGACCUGGUGCGCCACAUCCGCAUUCACACCCACGAGAAGCCCUUCAAGUGUCCACAGUGUUUCCGGGCCUUUGCUGUGAAGAGCACCCUGACCGCUCACAUCAAAACGCACACGGGCAUCAAGGCGUUCAAGUGCCAGUACUGCCUGAAGAGCUUUUCCACCUCGGGGAGCCUCAAAGUGCACAUCCGCCUGCACACAGGGGUCAGACCUUUUGCUUGUCCUCACUGUGACAAAAGGUUUCGAACCUCAGGCCAUAGGAAGACUCACAUUGCUUCUCACUUUAAACACACGGAGUUAAGAAAGAUGAGGCACCAGCGUAAACCUGCAAAGGUUCGAGUCGGCAAGACCAGCGUUCCAGUCCCUGAUAUUCCUUUGCAAGAGCCGAUUCUCAUAACUGACGUAGGUCUUAUCCAGCCUAUUCCAAGAAACCAGUUUUUUCAAAGUUAUUUUAAUAAUAAUUUUGUAAACGAAGCAGAUAGACCGUACAAGUGUUUUUACUGUCAUCGUGCAUAUAAAAAAUCUUGCCACCUUAAACAACACAUCAGAUCACAUACAGGUGAAAAGCCUUUUAAAUGUUCUCAGUGUGGAAGAGGCUUUGUUUCUGCAGGAGUGCUCAAAGCACACGUCCGAACGCACACGGGACUAAAAUCUUUCAAGUGUCUGAUAUGUAAUGGAGCUUUCACUACUGGUGGUAGCUUACGGCGACAUAUGGGUAUCCAUAAUGACCUUCGUCCCUAUAUGUGUCCCUAUUGCCAGAAAACAUUUAAGACCUCAUUAAAUUGCAAAAAGCACAUGAAAACCCAUAGAUACGAGCUUGCCCAGCAGCUCCAGCAGCAUCAGCAAGCCUCCUCGAUAGAUGACAGUGCUGUAGACCAUCAGAGCAUGCACGUCUCGACACACAUGCAGGUGGAGGUUGAGAGCGAAGAGCUGCAGCAAGCGGCGGCGGCAGGCACCACAGACCCCGAGGCCAUGCUAGACCUGGAGCCCCAGCAGGUCGUGCGCACGGAAGAUGCGGGACUUGGUCAGCAGUUGACACAUCAACCUCUGGAAGCAGAUGAAGACAGGUUCGUGGCCCCGCCCGCUCUGCAAGGGCACAUGGACCAGUUUGAGGAGCAGGCGCCAGCACAGCAGUCCUUCGAACAGGCUGGCUUGUCGCAGGGCUUUACCGUGACUGAUACAUAUAGUCAGCCGACCCCGUUUGCACCCGUCCAGCAGCUGCAGGACUCCAGCACACUGGAAUCUCAAGCCCUAUCCACCAGCUUCCAUCAGCAGAACCUACUGCAGGUCCCCAGCUCUGAUGCUAUGAACGUAACCACUCGUCUGAUCCAGGAGUCAUCCCAGGAGGAACUGGAGCUGCAGAGUCAACGUCCACAAUUCCUGGAGGACAGGGAGGAUCAGAGCCGGCGCUCCUACAGGUGUGAGUAUUGCAACAAAGGCUUUAAGAAGUCUAGCCACCUGAAGCAGCAUGUGCGGUCCCACACUGGUGAGAAACCCUACAAGUGCAAGCUCUGUGGACGCGGCUUUGUUUCCUCCGGGGUCCUCAAGUCUCACGAGAAGACACACACAGGAGUAAAGGCAUUCAGCUGCAGUGUUUGCAACGCCUCAUUCACGACCAAUGGCAGCCUCACCAGGCACAUGGCCACGCACAUGAGCAUGAAGCCUUACAAGUGUCCGUUUUGUGAGCAGGGCUUCCGGACCACAGUGCACUGUAAGAAGCACAUGAAGAGGCACCAGGCCGUCCCCUCUGCUGUGUCAGCAACAGGAGAGGCCGAAGGAGGAGAUGUGUGUAUGGAGGAAGAGGAGGAGAAUUCUGAAAGGAGCGCCUCCCGAAAAGCUCGUCCUGAGGUCAUCACUUUUACCGAGGAGGAGACAGCACAGUUGGCCAAGAUUCGGCCGCAGGAGAGCGCCACCGUGUCCGAGCAGGUCCUAGUGCAGUCAGCAGCGGAGAAGGACCGCAUCAGUGAGAUGAAGGACAGGCAGGCAGAGCUGGAGGCCGAGCCCAAGUAUGCCAACUGCUGCUCCUACUGCCCCAAGAGCUUCAAGAAGCCCAGUGACCUGGUGAGGCAUGUUCGGAUCCACACUGGAGAAAAGCCAUACAAAUGUGAUGAAUGCGGGAAGAGCUUUACUGUUAAGUCCACCCUAGACUGCCAUGUGAAGACGCACACAGGUCAGAAGCUCUUCAGCUGUCACGUGUGCAGCAACGCCUUCUCGACGAAGGGCAGCCUGAAAGUACACAUGCGUCUGCACACAGGAGCGAAGCCUUUCAAGUGUCCCCACUGUGAGCUACGUUUCCGUACGUCAGGGCGGAGGAAGACCCACAUGCAGUUCCAUUACAAGCCCGACCCCAAGAAAGCCCGGAAGCCAGUGACGCGAAGCUCAUCGGAAGGCCUGCAGCCCGUGAACCUGCUCAGCCCUGCCUCCACCGACCCGAAUGUGUUCAUCAUGAACAACUCUGUCCUAACAGGACAGUUCGAUCAGAACGUGCUUCCCCAGGGGCUGGUGGGCCAGGCCCUUCUUCCUGCCUCUGUGUCAGCUGGUGGUGACUGGACAGUGUCUCUGACAGACGGGAGCCUGACCACACUGGAGGGCAUACAAUUACAGCUGGCCGCUAACUUAGUUGGCCCAAAUGUUCAGAUCUCUGGAAUCGAUGCCUCCAGCAUUAAUAACAUCACGUUACAGAUUGAUCCAAGUAUUUUGCAGCAGACAUUACAGCAGGGCAACUUGCUUACGCAGCCACUGCCAGGGGAGCCCGGCUUGGCCUCACAGAACAGCUCUCUCCAGACACAGGACAGCACGGUCCCAGCCAGUGUUGUCAUUCAGCCCAUCCCCGGCCUGUCCUUACAGCCCACAGUGACCUCUGCCAGUCUGACCAUUGGCCCGCUGUCCGAGCAGGACCCAGUGAUGACCACCAGCAGCAGUGGGACACAAGACCUCUCUCAGGUGAUGACAUCGCAAGGCCUGGUGUCCACCUCCAGUGGCCCCCACGAGAUCACCCUGACCAUUAACAACUCGAGCCUGAGCCAGGUGUUGGCUCAGGCUGCCGGACCCACGGCUGCGUCGUCCUCGGGCUCUCCCCAGGAAAUUACCUUGACCAUCUCAGGUCAAGAUCUUAUUCAGCACAAUGCUCAUGGAAGUAGUGAAGUGAAUGGGAGCAUACGCUUGUCAGCCCCCGCUGCCACUCAGUCUACAGGUGCCACCCUGACCAUCAGCAGCGACCAGCUGCUCUCACAGGGUGCAACGCUAAACUCCUCAGAACUUAAUGCUACCACUGGCAGCCUUCCUUCGACCACACCAAUGUCUCCAUCUGCCAUAUCUGCUCAGAACCUGGUCAUGUCUUCAUCAGGAGUGGGAGGAGAUGCCAGUGUCACGCUGACUCUGGCCGAUACUCAGGGCUUGCUCUCCGGAGGACUGGACACGGUCACGCUCAACAUUGCUUCUCAGGGCCAGCAGUUCCCAGCCUUACUCACCGACCCCUCGCUUUCAGGCCAGGGGGGAGCAGGUUCGCCGCAGGUCAUCUUGGUGAGCCACACUCCACAGCCCUCCACUGCUGCGUGUGAGGAAAUCACCUACCAGGUAACUGAUGUAUCGGCCAGCCUGGCACCAGGGGGGCCGCCUGAGAAGGAGGGCCGGCUGCACCAGUGCUUGGAGUGCGGCCGCACGUUUGCAUCGGCAGCCCUGCUGCUGCACCACAGCAAGGAGGUGCAUGGCCGCGAGCGCAUCCAUGUGUGUCCUGUGUGCAGGAAGGCCUUCAAGCGUGCCACGCACCUCAAGGAGCAUAUGCAGACGCAUCAAGCUGGCCCCUCAUUGAGCUCCCAGAAGCCAAGAGUGUUUAAAUGUGACACCUGCGAAAAGGCGUUCGCCAAGCCAAGCCAGCUGGAGCGGCACAGCCGCAUCCACACAGGGCUCUGGGUCUGUGCUGACACUGAGUGCCGCCCCCACCCACCCCCAGGAGAGCGGCCAUUCCACUGCACGCUCUGUGAGAAAGCCUUCAACCAGAAGAGCGCCCUGCAGGUGCACAUGAAGAAGCACACAGGGGAGCGGCCCUACAAGUGUGACUACUGCAUCAUGGGCUUCACCCAGAAGAGCAACAUGAAGCUCCACAUGAAGCGGGCACACAGCUACACCGGAAAUCUGCAGGAGCCCGUGGUGCAGCAGGAGCACGGAGCUGAGGAGCUGAGCCGGACCCUCCACCUGGAGGAGGUGGUGCAGGAGUCCGCCAGCGAGUGGCAAGCGCUGGCCAAUGUGUUCUGACGCGGCCCAUCCUGCCCUCAAGGCUGUUUCUGAAAUUAGAUGUUGUGAAGAAUGGAGCGCUCGGAAUUUCUGUCUUGAAGCUUCAAGUGUUAAAAUGUUAACCACACUAGUUUUUUAGCUAUAAAAGUAUCUAAAGAAUCAUUGUCUUUCAGAGACUGAUAGGAAAGAACUGGGAGCAGUGUGAACACGUAUUGUCACUUGUCUACAAAUCAUUGAACUCAGGUACUACAGCAGUCCUACCGUCUCCUUGGUGGCCAGUACAUCUAGUUACAAAAGAAAUAACUGGAUCUUACUAUCACUAUAGUGUGACCUCUUUGUAUUAGCAAAGACCAACAUUAACAUGGAAAAAGUAAGGUAGGUUCUCCUUCAUGCUUUCUGUUCUAAGAAGCAUAGCUUAUAAAACAAACAUAAAAUAGGUGCAUGAAGUUCAGAAAAAUGUUAAAACACACAGGGAAGUGUUUUCCAUGUCUUUUCUCUGUGCAUUUUGAAAUUAGAAAUUGACUCUUUCUAGUCUACCAUAAGUUAAUAUUAAUACCUGGAGAGAUGGCUGGACCAGUUCUCUCUGCAUUACGAUUCUUGAACCAUUAGCUACAAGAAUGCAGCAUUGGGGCAUAAUGGGGGGGCUGUAAACCAGACACACACGAGGAUGUAACGGUCCCCAUGGAAUGGGGGUGGAGGGCCUCACUUGCUUCAUAAAUCCAGAUGCAGGUCCACGGGUGAGAUGGUUGCAGAAAGCACAAGCCAUACAUCAUGAGCAGGAAAGAGCAGAACUGUGUCCUAGCGCUGAGGACACAGUGGGGAUCCGUGGCCCUGUCCACCCGGUAAGCAAGCAGUGUUUCCGUCCGAGCCCCACAAUUCUCUCUUUAUGCAGAGGCAGGUGUGUGGUUGAUUUCAGGGAACUCUUUACUGUCAUCAAUGGUGCCACAUGGAACACGUCCCAAACCAAAUCCCAGCCCAGGCCGGGCAGAGUGUGCGUUGCUCCUACAGCAUUCCAAAGACAGAAGGUUCUUUACUUCAUGUGAAUUUCUCCUUCACAAUUAUUUAUAUGUUCUAUAUAUAAAUACAUAUGUACAUAUACAGAUAUAUGGGCCUCUGUGUGGCUGAACAGUAUAUUUUGUAAAUAGAAGCACUAGUCCCGAUUACAGAGUGAGCAUCAGAGUUUUUACCUCCCCGCGAGCACUUCAGAUCAGUAUUGUAUUCAUUAUAUUAAUAAAUGGGUAUCUUUUUCAUUGUAACAUAAAGGUGGGGUUGUUUUGCUUUUUUUUUUUUUUUCCCCCCUGAAAAAUAAUUGCCUUUAUUUUGUCUCAUGGCCUCCCUGGUUUCAGAAGAGAGCAGUUUUAUUAUAAAUAUUGUAUGGACUUUGUAUAUUAAGAGAGGAGCUCAUUUCAGAUUCCUGAAGAAAGACAUUUUCACUGUUAUUUUUUCAAAGGGCAUCUUUUGACUUUUUUGUUGUUCACUUUUGGCAUCUGUACAUAAGUAAUAUUGAUGGUGAUAUAAAAACUUUUGUUAUGUGAAAAUAUUUAAGUCAGAAAACUGUUAAAUAAUAUUACUUUUUUUUUUCCAAACUGCUUUGUGUAUUGUAUAUUUUUUUAAGGAAAAAAAAGCCUUAUUUCACUUAUUCUUGUGAUACUGGACUUAUUAUAUAUCUUGAGGUUUUCCUGGAAUGUCAGUGUGUACCUGGCUAUAGUCCAUAUAUUCCGAAUAAUUGUAAUUGUGCCAGAAUUUUAAAGAUUCUGCUUUUAAUGCACUUUUCUUUUAUAAUUUUGUAUUAAAAUAUUUUAGAAAUGUUGAUUAAUUUUGGUGAACAGAUAUCUCCAAAGUUGAAAUUAUUGGAAUUUAAAAAAUUUUGUUCUUGCUAGGUUAUUUAUUUUGGUUGUAGCAUUAAAUGUCAUCUCUCAGGACAGUCUCUAAAAGGGGUUUAUUUAAUUCCUAAUUGUACAGAAAGCAUAGUUCAGUGAACUGUAUUGGUGAACUGCCUGCUUAAGGCCUUACCAGGUGAAUCUAAAGCCUACCUUUAUUUUCGUCAAAGAAAAAGAAAAAAGAUCAAUGAUUCAUUUUAUGAGUUUUCUCAAUUUAUUAACUAUUAGUAGGCAAACGCAAGACAUUAAUAUAUUAUUUUUAUUUACUUCCUAAUUAUAAAAAGCUGCUUCUUUGCAAAACAUUCCUUGAAAAUAUGAGGUUUUGUAAAGACAUAAUUUCACUUGAACCUUUGGUGGCAUACAGGUUGAUCUUUAUAUUUUAAUGGUUGAUAAAUGUCUUCUGACGAGAUUUCUAGCCUCCUGCAUAACCAGGGUUUUGAGAAUAGAUAACUGUAUUUUUAGAACUAUCUCAUCCUAGCAUAUCUGCUUUGGAAUAACAAUAAAUAAAAAAUGAAGUUAGGAA